CCGUUGGACUAUGAUUCGCUUAGUGAAGGGCAACUGCAUCCGAGCCUGCGUGAUAGUGAAUUUCUGCAGCAUAGUUCGCUGUGGGGUAGUCAGUAUAUGUCAGGGGGCGCUGGUGAGGGUGAGCAGCGUUUACAACCCGAGGGUUUGUUGAAGAAUCGGCAAGAGGUGAAGACCGAUGCGGCAUUACCAGCUUAUUGCAAUCCGCCAAAUCCUUGCCCGAUUGGAUACACAGCUGAAAAUGGAUGUUUGGAAGAAUUCAAAAACACUGCGGCUUUCAGUCGUCGUUACCAGGCCGAACAGGAUUGCAUGUGUGACACAGAACACAUGUUCGACUGUCCUAGCCCGAUGAUCUCUCAGUUAUCCAACGGAAACAUGGAUUCGCCUCUAAAUGAUUUAGAAUUCAAUCGAUUUUUCCAGCAGGCACUGCAGGAUACCUCAGGCAUACAACACAAAGGUUUAGUGGCCAAGAAGUUCAACAAUGAUAAGAAGAGCGUCAGGACAAAUCCAUUUUUGAUCGGCGAGCGUUUACCAGUUGCAGCAAAGAAAGGCUUCAACGCAAAAGAAUUUUAUUAAGCAAAACAACAUGCGAUUUGUUUUUCAAUAAUUCAAGCAUUAUUUUUGCUUAAAAAGCAAAAUUAUAAAGAAAAUGUAAAACCACCACAUCAAAA